AACCGCAAAGGCUAUGUUACUCAGCUGGUUGAUUAAAUAACGAAAUAAUGGAGAAGCCUUUUUAUAGCAUGAGUAACAGUAUUGUUAUGUGUAGCACUGUUUCUUUGCCUGACAAUACAUUUCUUGUUGGCGCUGGUUUGUAAUUUUCUCUUAAAAGACUACAUAAACGAUGUAGAACUACAACUACGUGGAUCCUCAAGCUGCCGUCUGGCUAUUGUAAGUGUCGUAAUCUACUGAGGGCUUAAAUAGGAGUGAGCUCUGGCGUGAGCGAUAAGUGGGAGAGAGGAGUGUGAGGGACAUCGGGAGUGUGUUGUCAGUAUGGUUGAGCCUAUCAGAGUUCUGGUGACCGGUGCUGCUGGGCAGAUCGCCUAUUCCCUGCUGUUCAGCAUUGCCAAGGGAGAUGUCUUUGGCCAAGAUCAGCCAGUCAUCUUGCUGCUGUUGGACAUUACCCCCAUGCUGCCGGUCCUGGAAGGUGUAGUCAUGGAGCUGCAGGACUGUGCCCUCCCACUUCUGAAAGAGAUUGUUCCCACUGACAAGGAGGAGGUGGCCUUCAAGGACCUGGAUGCAGCCAUCUUGGUGGGCUCCAUGCCCAGAAAGGAAGGUAUGGAGAGGAAGGACCUGCUCAAAGCCAAUGUGGCCAUCUUUAAGAGCCAGGGAGCUGCUCUUGAUAAAUACGCCAAGAAGACUGUGAAGGUGCUGGUUGUGGGAAACCCUGCCAACACCAACUGUCUGAUUGCAGCCAAGUCUGCUCCCUCUAUUCCCAAAGAGAACUUUUCCUGCCUCACCCGUCUGGACCACAACAGGGCUCGCUCUCAGGUGGCGAUGCGCUGUGGUGUUCCUGCUACUCAGGUAAAGAAUGUGAUCAUCUGGGGAAAUCACUCCUCCACCCAAUACCCAGAUGUGCACCACUGCAAGGUCAACCUGUCCGGUAGUGAGCUGACCUGCUUCGACGCAGUCAAGGAUGACGAGUGGCUCAAAGGCGAUUUCAUUACUACAGUGCAACAGAGAGGUGCUGCAGUCAUCAAGGCCAGGAAGCUCUCUAGUGCCAUGUCUGCAGCCAAGGCCAUCUGUGACCACAUGAGAGACAUCUGGUCAGGCACCCCCGAGGGUGAGUUUACCUCUAUGGGUGUUUACUCCACUGGCAACUCCUAUGAAGUCCCUGAAGACCUGAUCUACUCAUUCCCAGUCCAGAUCCAGAACAAAACCUGGAAGAUCGUGGACAGUUUGACCAUCAACGACUUUUCCCGAUCAAAGAUGGACGCCACUGCAGCUGAACUGUUAGAGGAGAGGGACACAGCUGUGGCUUUCCUUGGAGUAUGACUAGACCCGGCAGAGCCUGCACAGCAGCACUUAGACAGCCUCAAAACUCCAGAUGCACGCCUGUGAUGAAGCACUCCACCAGCCCCCUACAUGACUGUGUGCUUGUGUAUGAGAGAUUCAGUGCUUAUGGGUGUAAAGUUGGAUUUAUAUGUCAAAUGAUGUGGAUCAGACUUUUGUGAUAUAGAAUAGCAAAAACAAUGUGUCAUUGCUUACUUUGGCUACAUAUAGACAGGUUUAGUCUGAAAAGCACAGUUGCUAUACAUCAUUAUGCACAAGUAUAUCUCACCAUAAGUAUACAGUAUACACUGUAAGUCCACCAGAUCUGUUACCAGCUAUCUUUCCAUUGUUUUUUGUCCUCUGGGGAUAACUACAUGGACGGUUGUUACAUAUAGUCAAUGAAGUCCUAAUACACUGAUUGUUAAAGCUGAAACAUUAAAAAAUAAAAUAACCAG